UUAAAUCGUCAUCAUUCUGUUUUUCUUCUUGGGAAAACUCUCGAUUUCUCUGUACCUUUUCACUUCUGCGACGAUUACCAGUCCCAUUCCACUUAAAUUAGGGUUAUUCUUCCUACACAAAAUUACAGACAAUAAAUCAUGAGGAAAUCAGUGAAUCGUCCAUCAACACCAGAUGUAGUGGAAAUUCAGGACAAAGAACCCACGCUUCAAGAACUUCUUAACAUAAAGUUGAUUGAGAGUGGUGAGAAGGAAAGACUAAUGGAUCUUCUUAGAGAAAGGCUUACUGAAUGUGGUUGGAAAGAUGAUAUGAAAUAUCUUUGCAGGCAAUUCAUAAAGAAAAAAGGGAGGAAUAAUGUUACCUUGGACGACCUUGUACAUGUCAUUACCCCGAAAGGAAGAGCCUCCAUUCCUGAUUCUGUAAAAGCUGAGCUUUUGCAAAAGAUUCGUACUUUUUUGGUGUCAGCAGCUGUUUGAUGAUGAUGAUGAUGUGAUGGUGGUGGUGGUGGUGAUGAUGAUGAUGAUCAUGAUCAUGAUGACGACGAUGAUGACGAUGAUGAUGAUGAUGAUGAUGAAAGCAUUAUUAUUAUCUCAUGAGCUUGAGAAUUAAGAUCAUCACAGGAAUGGAACUGAGGAAUCACAUGCUGUAAUAUAUCUUUUCUUUGUUAACAAAAAUGAUUUUGUAACUUGAUACACUUGAGUUCUUAAUGGAUAAACUUCAUUAGUAAUCAUUUCAUUUUUAAGUA